AAUAAAAACACUAAAUUUUAAUACUUGGAUGCAAUAUGAAAAAGAAAGUUACAAUUAUGACAAUAUAGUUUGUGUUUUUCCAAAAUUAGAAGUUUCUAGAUAGAAAACGAGGAUUGGGAAGAGAAGAAGAAAGAAGGGUCAGAAAUUUGCAGUGAAUAUGUGGGAUUGAGGAGGAAUGGAAUGCGAAGGGAAAUUCAGAGAGAAAUUGGUGAAGGUGGUGGGAGUGGGAAAACUCUGCUAUCUUUUGAAAGCGAAAAUCGGUGAGGGUUCAUACUCCUUAGUGUGGAGAGCGCAGCAGAGACAAACCGGCGAUGACGUGGCGGUGAAGCAGGUCUUCCUCUCCAAACUCAACCCUCGCCUCAAGGCUUGUUUGGAUUGCGAGAUCAACUUCUUGUCCUCUGUUAACCACCCCAAUAUUAUUCGUCUUCUUCACUUCUUCCAGGAUGAUGGAUGUCUGUACCUUGUCCUUGAGUUUUGUGCUGGAGGCAACCUAGCUUCUUAUAUUCGAAGCCAUGGAAGAGUUCAACAACAAACUGCUAGAAAAUUCAUGCACCAGCUUGGCUCUGGUCUCCUAGUAUUGCACUCUCACGGCAUCAUUCACAGAGACUUGAAACCGGAGAACAUUUUGCUAUCAAGCCAUGAGGGUGAUGCAAAGCUAAAGAUAGCCGAUUUUGGUCUCUCAAGGACUGUGCGCCCAGGUGAAUAUGCGGAGACAGUUUGUGGUUCUCCGUUGUACAUGGCUCCAGAAGUUCUUCAGUUCCAGAGAUACGAUGACAAGGCAGACAUGUGGAGUGUUGGAGCUAUUCUUUUUGAGCUUCUAAAUGGAUACCCACCUUUUAAUGGCAAAAAUAGUGUUCAGGUGCUGAAAAACAUCAGAUCCUGCAACUGUCUUCCAUUUUCUCAACUUAUUCUUUCAGGAUUGGAUCCGGACUGUCUUGAUAUUUGUUCAAAGCUACUACACUUAAAUCCAGUGGAACGCCUAUCUGUUGAUGAAUUUUAUUGGCAUAGUUUUCUACAAAGAAAAGUGAGGAGAACAUGACAGCAAUACCACCAUAGUUUUCACUAUCUUUCUAUAGCCGCUGUCUUCAAAGCUACCAAAAGUUAAUGUCAUUGCCGUUUCAUUCCCAUCUUUGUUUCCCCUCUCUGGACAUUGGAUAAGUGUAUAUAUAUGUAUAAACUUGUACUGUUUUCUUUAUUGCUUGCAACUUCUGAGCUUAGAAAAAUUAAUUUUUAGUUUAAUACAAUGCACCCAGAGUUGUGGGUCUAUGUAACGCUUUUUAUUGUGAUAUAUAAUCCUUUGAUGUCGUA